AACAAAACCACUAAUGUCUCAAGAAAACGAUAAUAUCGAAGUUGGUGACGAAAGCCAACGUCGUCGUAGAACAGCUCGUGGUGGCGCUGGUGCUGGAACCAAAUCAGCAGCUUCAGCAACUCUCUUUACAAAACUUGUUGAUGCUCAAUCAGAUGAAAGUAACUGGAAAGUUUCAGGUGCCAACUUUAUGUGGGUACCAUGUAAUGGUGAAGCACUUAAUGCUUUCGAAGUUGGUGAAAUUAAAGAACGUAAAGGAAAGGAAGUUGUUGUUGAAACAGAAUCAGGUGAUAAGAAGACACUCCCAAUUGAAGAAGUUUUCCCAAUGAAUCCUCCAAAAUUGACAGGUAUUGAAGAUAUGGCUAGAUUAUCCCAUCUGAAUGAACCUUCUGUGCUUUUCAACUUGAAGAAGCGUUAUGAAAGUGAUAAAAUCUACACAUACUCUGGUCUCUUUUUAGUUGCCGUCAAUCCAUACAAGAAUUUACCAAUCUAUACUGAUGAAAUCAUCAAGAAGCAUAAUGGUAAGAGACGUGAAGAUGCUGAACCACACGUUUUCACAGUUGCAGAUGUUGCUUAUAGACAAAUGUUACAAAAUCAAUUGAAUCAAUCCAUGUUGGUUACAGGUGAAUCAGGUGCUGGUAAAACUGAAAAUACCAAGAAGAUUAUCCAAUAUUUGACUGCUACAGCUGGUGCUUCACAUGGUGCUGGUAAAUUAGAAAACCAAUUGUUGCAAACCAAUCCAUUGUUGGAAGCUUUUGGUAACGCAAAGACACUUCGUAAUAAUAACUCAUCUCGUUUUGGUAAAUUCAUUGAAGUUGACUUCAAUGUAAGUGGUUAUAUUGCUGGUUGUAAGAUUCAACACUACUUAUUAGAAACAACAAGAGUUACUGCUCAAGCUGGUGAUGAAAGAAAUUUCCACUUCUUCUAUCAAAUCCUUUCUGAUGCUCAAGCUAGAAACAAGUAUCACUUGACUAAUGUUAACAGUUAUGCCUAUGUCUCUCAAUCUGGUUGUACUUCUGUUCCAGGUAUUAAUGAUGCUAUGGAAUUCCAAGAAACAUUGAAGGCCAUGCGUAUUAUUGGUAUCAGUGAAGAUGAAAUUGAUGCUACUUGUAGAAUUGUUGCUUCAAUUCUCCAUUUGGGUAAUUGUAAAUUUGUAAAGGAUGAUGAAGAUUUAUCCAUGUUACCAGAACGUUCACCACUCAAUACUGCUUCUGAAUUAUUGUGUGUUGAUCCAGAAGGUUUGGCAAAGGGUUUCAUGAAGCCAAACAUUAUUACUCCAACUGAUAUCAUUGAAACUCACGUCAAUGUUGCUCAAGCUGGUUUCAAUAGAUCUGCUUUAGUCAAGUCAAUGUAUAAUCGUUUGUUCGACUGGUUAGUUCGUUCCAUUAAUCAAUCUUUGACAUCAAAGGAAAAGAUUAAGAACUUUAUUGGUGUCUUGGAUAUUGCUGGUUUCGAAAUCUUUGAAUUGAACAGUUUUGAACAAUUGUGUAUCAAUUAUACUAACGAAAAGUUGCAACAAUUCUUCAAUCACCAUAUGUUCAAGAAGGAACAAGAAGAAUACUUGAAGGAAAAGAUUGAAUGGAAGUUCAUUGAUUUUGGUUUGGACUUGCAACCAACUAUUGACUUGAUUGAAAAGCCAUUGGGUAUCUUGGCUAUUUUGGACCAACAAACUUUCAUGGCUCAACAAUCUGAAGAAGGUUUGGUUCGUGAAAUUAACAAGAAUCAUGGUACUAAGAAACAAUUCAAGACUUCUCGUUUCAAUGAAAAGGAAUUCAUCCUUUCUCACUAUGCUGGUGAUGUUCCAUACAAUGUUGUUCAAUGGUUCACUAAGAACGUUGAUCCACUCAAUGAAGAUUGUAAAUCAACUAUGAUUGCUUCUGGUAAUACUUUGAUUAAAUCACUCUUUGAUGUUCCAGGAGAAAGAACCAAGGCUAAUGAAAAGAGAUCUGUUGGUAGUGCUCGUUUCAAGACUGUUGCUACAAACUAUAAGAAUCAAUUGAAGGAUCUUAUGGGAUUGUUAGAAUCAACUGAACCUCACUUUAUCCGUUGUAUCAAACCAAACAAUUUGCAAAAGCCAGCUAUCAUUGAUGAUCGUCUUGUUUUGCAUCAAUUGAAAUGUAACGGUGUCUUGGAAGGUAUUCGUAUUGCUCGUAAGGGUUAUCCAGGUCGUAUUCCAUAUGCUGAAUUCGUCAAACGUUAUGAUUUGUUGGUUGAAGAUAAACGUUCUUUGGAACAACAACCAAAUCUCCGUGGUAAGGCUCAAGUCAUUCUUGAUUCUAUCAAGUUUGAAGAAACCACUCAAUAUAAAUUGGGUGCCACAAAGGUCUUCUUGAAGGCCUCACAAGAAGCUCUCAUUGAAGAAUAUCGUGAAGCUCAAAUUUCAAAGAUUAUUGGUGUUGCUCAAGCUGCUGCUUUAGCCGCUUAUGAAAGAGUUGCUUAUAAGAAGUUGCAAGGACGUUUGGUUUCUAUCAAGUUGAUCCAAAGAAACUUCCGUGCCUACUUGAAGCUCAAGAAUUGGGGUUGGUGGCAAUUAAUUAACUUGACUCGUCCAUAUCUUAAGGAAUUCUCAAGUGAACAAGUCACUAAGAAGUUGAAGGAAGAUUUCGAACAACUCAAGAAGGAUCUCGAAGGUGAAAAGGAUUCUAAGAAGAAGCUUGAAACUGAAAAGAAUGCUCUCGAACAAUCUCGUAAGAAGCUCAUUGAUGACUUGGAAGAACAACGUAAUCGUUUGGAUACCAUGAAUAAUCACAUGAACCAACUCGAAAAGGAGUUGAAUGAUAGAAAGAGAGAAUUGGAACGUUCUCAAAAGGAUAACGAUGACAAGGACUCUGAAAUCACUCGUAACACUCAAGCUAUUGCUGCUCUUAACCAAGCUCAAAAGAAGCUCGAAGAAGCCAUUCGUGAUAUGAAGAAUGAAAUUGAACAACGUGAAAAGAUUAUCAAAUCUAAGGGUGGUGACUUGCAAAACAAGGAUUUAGAAAUUGAAACCUUGAACAAGAAGGCCAAGGAUUUGGAUAAGAGAAUUGCUGAUUUGGAAAAUAAUCUUGCUGAUUCUCGUAAUGAAAUCAAUAACAAGUCCAAUGAAAUUUCUAGACUCCAAAUGGAGCUUUCUGACCAAGGUAUUCAAUUGGAAAAUGAAUCCAAUAACCGUAAGGCUCGUGAAGAAGAUUUGAAGAAGCGUGAUAAGGACAUCAAGGACUUGAAGAAGGAAUUGACCGACUCUCAAUUGGCUGGUGAUCAAUUGGAUUCUGAAUUGAAGAAGACCAAGAAGGAAAAGCAAGGUUUGGAAGAAGAUUUGGACAAGCAAAAGAAGUCUGCUGAUAACUUGCAAAGAAAGUUAACUGCUACUGAACAAAGUGCUCAAAACUUGUCCAACCAAUUGGAUGAAGAAACUCGUAAGAGACAAGGUGCUGAAAAUAAGAAUCGUUCACUCCAAUCUGACUUGGAUAAUGCCAACUCCAAGGUUAAUGAUUUGGAAAACGCUGUUCAUGACAGAGAUGAUUUGAUUGCUCAACUUCAAGCUGAAAUCAACAAGCUCAAGCAAAGAAUUGCUGAUCUUGAAUCUGAAAACCAAAAGCUUUUGGAACGUAACAAGGAUCUCGAAAGAGAACUCUCUGAUACCAAGUUCAGAAUGGAUGAAGAGUUGAAGAACAAGAAUAACGAAAUUGAUCGUUUGAAGAAGCUCUCUGAAUCAUCAAAGGAUGAAUUAACUCUCCAAUUGAACAGAACCAAUGAUGAAAAGAAUGAUCUCCUCAACAAGUUGAAGAAGGCUGAUAAGGACUUGAAGAACUUGAAGAAGAACAAGGAUGAUCUUCAACAAGAAAAGGAUGAUGCUGAUAACCGUCGUAAUAAGGAUGCCCAAAAGAAGCAAACCGAUUUGGAAUUGCAAGCUGCCAAGGAUGAAUUGAACAGAACCAAGCAACGUGCUGAUCAAUUACAAACUGAUUUGGAUAACCAAAAGGAACGUGCCAACGAAUUGGAAUCUGCCCUUUCUGACACUGAAGGUGGUAAGAAUCAAUUGGACAACCAAUUCAAACAACUCCAAACUGAUUUGAAUAAUGAAAGAAACAAUGUCAACAAGUUGAAGACUGAAGCUGAAAAGCUCCAACGUCAAUUGGAUGAAGCUACUCGUGCUCUCUCUGAUAAGUCAUCUGAAUCCUCUAAUUUGGAUGCUAAGGUUAGAGCUUUGGAAGAAAAGAUCCGUGAAUUGACUGCUCUCUUGGAAUCUGAAAGAUCAUCCAAGUCUGAAUCUGACAAGAAGAAGAGCAAGUCCGAUAAGGAAAUUAAGAGAUUGGCUGAACAAUUGCAAGGUGUUGAAUCCCAAUUGAAAUCUGAAACUCAAAAGAAGAAUGAUGCUGAUAACCGUGUUAAACAAUUAGAAAAUGAAUUGAACACUGUUAAGAAUGAACGUGACAGAUUGAACAAGGAUUUGACUAACCAAUCUGGUGAUGUUUCUGGUGCCAAGAGACAACUUGAAGAAGCUAAUACUCAAAUUGCUAGAUUGAAGGCUGAUAUCUUGAAGCUUACCAAGGACUUGCAAGAACGUGAUGGUGAUAAGGAUGAAGCUGAUGAACAAUUGGACGGUUUGAGAAAGCAAAUUCAAGAUUUGACUUCUCGUCUUGGUGAUGCUAAUAACAAGCAACAACAAGAAGCUUCCUCUCGUCAAUCUAUUGAAUCUGAAAACAACAGAUUGAAGACUGAUAUUGCUCGUCUCCGUGAUGAUCUUGAAAAGGAAAACAAGAGACUCAAGCAAGAAGUUGAACGUGUUUUGGCUGAAUCUGAUAAUGACAAGAAUGACUUGUUGACUCAAUUGAAGAAGAUUCAAGAACAAUACUCUGAACUUAAGGAUGAAUUCAAGGAUUUGCAAAAGCAACCACGUGGUGGUGUUGCAGGUGGUGUUGACUCUGCUGAAGUUGAAAAGCUCAGACGUGAAUACGAAAUGCAACUUGCCCAAUUGAAGGCUCGUGUUGAAGAAGUUACUAAUCAACGUGUUGAAGUUGAAAACAAGAAGCGUUCUGUUGAAAUGGACUUGACUGAAUUGAAGACUCGUCUCCAAACUGAAGAAAGAUUGAGAAAGAAGGCUGAACAACAAAAGAAGUCUGCUGAAUUGGAAUGUGAUGAAUUGAGAGAAUUAGCUGAAGAAUCUGAAGAUUUGAGAGAUGAAUUGAAUCGUAACAAGUUAGAACAACAAGCUUUGAUUCAACAAUUGAGAACUGACUUGUUGCAAGAACGUAAUCAACGUGCUUCUGCUGAUGAAGUUUCUUCUCGUGUUAGACGUGAAAAUGAAGAAUUGAAGCAAGAUUUGGAACAAGAAAGAUCCAAGUUGGACGAAGCUGCUCGUAGAUUGAAGCAACAAUAUGAAAAUGAAUUGUUGGACUUGAAUAACCAAGUUGCCCAAGCCAAGAAGGAAAGAGCUUCUGCUUCUCGUGAACAAAAGAAGGCUGAUCGUGAUCUCCGUGAAUUCCAACGUCGUUUGCAAGAAGAAUCUCGUUCUAAGCAAGAUUUGGAACAAAAGUUGACCAAGACUGAACGUGAAAACAAGUUGUUGCAAUCUCAAUCCCAAUCAGAUGCCUCCAAGUUGCAAAAGUCUGAACAAGACAAGUCCAAGUUGGAAGCUGAAAAUCGUCAACAAAAGGACAAGCUCCUCGAAUUGCAAGAUGAUUUGGAAAAGUUGAGACAACAAGUUGAUAGUGAAAGAAAGAAGACUCAACGUCUUGCUCGUAAGGCUUCCCCAUUCUCUGCUAGUCAAUUGGUUGAUGAUCUCCAAUAA